AUGACGACAAUGGACCUCCGCGUGGGGAACAAGUACCGUAUCGGCCGCAAGAUCGGCAGCGGUUCCUUUGGCGAUAUCUACCUGGGCACUAACAUCAUCUCCGGCGAGGAAAUCGCCAUCAAGCUCGAGAGCGUCAAGGCCAAGCACCCCCAGCUGGAGUACGAGGCCCGCGUCUACAAGUCCCUCGCCGGCGGCGUGGGCAUCCCCUUCGUAAGAUGGUUCGGUACCGAGUGCGACUACAACGCCAUGGUGCUCGACCUGCUCGGCCCCUCGCUCGAAGAUCUCUUCAACUUCUGCAACCGCAAGUUCUCCCUCAAGACCGUGCUCUUGCUCGCCGACCAGCUUAUCAGCCGUAUCGAGUACAUCCAUGCCAAGAGUUUCAUACACCGUGACAUCAAGCCGGACAACUUCUUGAUGGGGAUCGGGAAGCGUGGGAAUCAGGUCAACGUCAUCGAUUUCGGUUUGGCCAAGAAGUACAGGGACCCGAAGACGCACUUCCAUAUCCCGUACAGAGAGAACAAGAACUUGACGGGUACUGCUCGUUAUGCUUCUAUCAACACGCACUUGGGUGUCGAGCAAUCCCGUCGUGACGAUAUGGAGUCCCUGGGCUACGUCAUGCUCUACUUCUGCCGCGGCUCUCUGCCAUGGCAAGGUCUUAAGGCAGCCACCAAGAAGCAGAAGUACGACCGCAUCAUGGAGAAGAAGAUGACCACCCCCACCGAGGUCCUCUGCCGCGGCUUCCCGAACGAGUUCGCCAUCUACCUCAACUACACCCGCAGUCUCCGCUUCGACGACAAGCCAGACUACUCCUACCUCCGCAAAAUCUUCCGCGACCUCUUCGUCCGCGAAGGUUUCCAGUACGACUACGUCUUCGACUGGACCGUGUACAAGUACCAGAAGAACGCCCAGGCCAUCGCCCAAACCACCAACAACGCACCCGCCGCCGCGGAAGAGGCCGAGGAGAAGAACGGCCGGUCCACGCAGAAAGCCACGGCUGGUCAGACGACGACCGGCGGCUUCCAGAAGGAGCGCCGCGCCGUCCAAUCCAAGACCGAGGGCACUGGAAUGUGA